GGGUGGUGGUCAACUCCAUUUUCGAGACUCUGUAAUUUACAAGCUCUCUACGAUAUCGAACCUUACUUAUCAGCUGCCAGUCUGCCAAAAUGUUGUUCUUCAGCUUCUUUAAAACCUUAGUAGAUCACGAAGUUACGGUCGAGCUCAAAAAUGAUAUUCAAAUCAAGGGCAUAUUAAAGUCGGUAGACCAAUACCUAAACAUCAAGCUGGAUGACAUACAAGUGGUUGAGGAGCUGAAAUACCCACAUCUGUCAUCGGUCAAGAAUGUUUUCAUAAGAGGAAGUGUCGUCAGAUACGUACAUCUUCCUGGCGGCGUGAUUGACACAGCACUUUUGGAAGAUGCUACUAGGAGAGAGGCUGCGCAACAGGCGACCAAAGGAAAAUGAACGCAUACACUUAGAGCGGAAGAUAAUAGUUGAUGUGAAUGCUUUUCCUUCGUGGGAAGAAUAUACGCUACAGAUGAUAUUGAGAGGGCGGAUGGGGAGAGGGGCUUGAUCAACAGGAUAGGCACUGCAAUUGGCCAACUCAGACCAUUCAAUGUGUUAAUGAAGAUUUAUGAGAAAGCAAAUACGGAAAAGCAACUUUGGCAAUACGUUGCUUCGAAUUGCUUGGGUUGCAAGGAAAAAACAUUAAAAUCUCAUAAUUCACCCCAACUUUGCUGAAAGUCCCUCGAGAAAGACAACACAGACAGCUCGAGAUGUAUUAUAUAAUGUGUGUUUGUGCUUCCAUGAAAUUCAAAAAUCCAAGGGAAUUUAUUGGUUCUGCUGCCCCUCCA